AUGGAAGUGGAUCCCUUAGAGAUCGAUGUGGAAGAACAAGUAGAAUAUCAACAAGAUAACAUUGAUGUUGUUGAAUCAUCUCAAGAGUGGACCACAUGGAGGGAUGAGUUGGCUCAAUCAAUAGCUGAUAAUGGAACUUUUAGGCCAGGAUAUCUGAUGGAGUUGGAACACUAUUUGCGUGAACAUCAUCCUGAAAGUGGCUUGAAAGGCGAACCACAUGUCAAUUCUAAAUUAAAAUUUUGGAAGAGAAGUUAUGCAAGCUUAAGUUUACUAAAAGGUAGGAGUGGUUUGGGAUUUCAAUAUAGUGAUGGAACUAUAAUUAUUGAUGAUCCAAAAGAAUGGGAUAAAUUUUUAAAGGAUGAACCUGGUGCAAGCAACAUGAAUUCUAAAAAAUGGCCACUGUUUGCGGAUUGGGAGGAAAUUUUUGGAAAAGAUAGGGCAACUGGGGAACAUGCAGAAGGGCCACUGGAUGCUGUUGAGGAUAUCUUAAAGAGUCGAACAUCAGGACUUUCUACUGAUAUGAGUUUAGGAUUUCUUAUCAAUGUUGAUGACGAUGAAUAUGAAGAUGAAUCUAGUCAUGGACCUAAUGCACCUACUGAAGAAGCUGAAAAUACUGAUACAGGACAUAAUUUUACUCAAACAACUGAAAAUGAAUAUGCUGGAGGAUCUCCUCGUGAACAUACUGGACCAUCUGAAAAGCAAGGUAAAUAUGCUAAAACAUCUUCUUCUAGUGUCAAUGAAAAAGAAAAAGGCAAGAAAAGAAAGAGGGUUGUGGAAGAUGUUAAUGAAACAUUUCUCAAGAGUAUGACGGAAGUUAUGAAAAGCUUUACUGAAAGCCAAGAUAAAAGAAUUGGUUCGUUGAUAGACAAGAUUGGAAAUCGUGACCACUCUGAUAUGCGUGGUCAAAUUUAUUCCAUCAUUGAAUCUCCUACAUUUGAUUUGUACACCAUAGAGCAACGUAUCAAAGCUAAAAAGGUUAUCUGUGAAGAUGUCAAAAAUAUGGAAAUCUUUUUACGUAUGGGUGAGCUUGAGCGCCAAACAAUGAUGUUCAUGAGCUUUUGUUUCAGUUUUGACAGGUGUUUUGGUGAAUAUUUACUGAAAUUUUACUCUUGUUUUAGCUGUUGUUUUAGUUGUAGUGUUGAAUUUGAUUUUCAGGCAAAUAGUGAGCAUCCUAUUGCAAAAGCAGUUGUGGACCAUGCCAAAAAGUUACGCCUGAAGCACGGUGCUGAAAAUGAAUUUCACUCUGAGAUAAAGAACUUUGAAGUGCACACUGGAGCUGGCGUAAGCAGAAAAGUUGGAGAACGGAAAAUCCUAGUCGAAAAUAGGAGGCUUAUGCAUGCUUUCAACGUCCCAGUAAGCAGUGAAGUUGAUAACUACAUUUCAGAGCAUGAACAUUUUUCUCGGACUUGUGUUUUGGUUGCUGUGGAUGAGAAAAUAGCUGGGGCUUUUGCUGUGACUGAUCCUGUAAAGCCAGACGCUGCACGCGUUGUUUCUUUUCUCCACUCAAUGGACAUCACAAGUGUCAUGGUGACUGGUGAUAACUGGGCGGCAGCAAGAGCAAUAGCAAGUGAAGUGGGAAUUCAAACAGUGUUUGCUGAAACAGAUCCGCUGGGAAAAGCUGAUAAGAUUUUCUAUGUUGGAUGGAUUGAGUAG